AUGAAGUGGACGGAAAGCGCGUGGCCGGCAUUGGCGGUCUUGUUCUUGACCCUUCAAGUAGGCGCACAGUCUGUUACAAAAUGCGGCAACACCGGUGACACGAGCUACUACAACUCAACGACGCUGCCUUAUGUCUUCUACAAUAACCCCUGGGGAAACGAUGGGUCAGGGUUCUCAUGCAUCACGGUCAAGAACAACGGCACAGCCUUCGACGCGACAUGGCGCUGGAUAAACAAUUCAGACAGCGUGCACGCCUAUCCACACUUCAAACUCGACUCACCGCUCUACCCUCUAUCAGUGCGAGAACUGGCAGCGGUCGACUUCGAAGGAACCUGGGGAUUGAACGUGACUUCUGCAGCCAAUGACACCGACCAGCAGCGUCUGCAGGCCCUGGAUGACAACUAUGUCCAAUAUAACGUGGCACUGGACAUGUUUCUCGAUGCCAACGCCAGCCAGGCCUCGGCAGACCUACCGGGCUACGAGAUCAUGGUGUGGCUGUCGUAUUCUUACGACGUAUAUCCUGUCGGCAUCGACAAGUCGAGCCCAGACAAGGACCAAUAUAUCAUUGGAGACACGAGAUUUUUCCUCUUCUCCGGCACCAACUCCCAAAACCAAACCGUCUUCUCCUGGCUCCCGGAACACAACCUAACCGCCUCCAACGCCGACUACUCCCCGCUGAUCCACUACCUGUGGCAAUUCAACUUCAUGCCCGCCGACAUCUAUCUCGGCACCGUCCAAUUCGGCACCGAAACCUACCACGCGACCAGCGAGGUCCUGUUCCGAGCAACGAACUACACGCUCAGCCUGGACAGAAAUCGGACACAGGAUCUGUCCCAAUCGCCCCUGCAGCGAGUGGACACAGUGAGUGUGCCGACCCAGGUGCCGACGAUGGAUCGGUUCAAGAGCCUUAGUGCGCCGAGAUUGUGUGGCGGGAAUUCGAUUUCUUGGUUGGCUGGUGUAUGGAGCGUGGCCUUUAUUUGGUUGACUGUUGUUUGGUAA